GAGGGCAUUUCGAAGCCUGGUGCUUCGACAUCUGGGUUGAAGCUGGCCAUAAGCUGGCACUCCUUCCGGCACAUGAAGUUUCCCGGCCUGGGGGCCUGGCUUCAAGUGCUUGGAGUGGGGGGAGAACUGCUUCGACUACCUCCACCUGGAGGAGGCUACAAGAAGGAUGGUGAGGUGUGGGCUGGGCCUAGAGGUGAGACCCUGUCCUGGAAGAACAAGAAGGCCUGGCGAAUUCAGGACUCGGAAGGCCAAACCCUUUGGAAAAGCGAGAGCAGGGAAGAGAAGCCACCUGGCAGAGGCUGGCAGAUCCAGUCUGGCGAUAGCCAAGAGUGGAGGGAGUCAUGCCUAGAAGUGACUUUGGAGGUGGAGUGGUGGGGCAUGGGAGAGACUUCCGAGUCAGAGCAAGAGCCACCAAGGUCCGGCAGUGCCCACUGCGAUCUGGAAGUCGCGGUUGAGGAGGAGGAGGAGGCGGAGGAGAUGGAGGAGGAUGCGGAGGAGCAAAGCCUUGCUUCUGCCUGCGAUGCACAGGCAGAGCCAGUGCCUCCCAAGCCCAAGGCUGGCGCAGAAGAAGAGCAAGAAUUCGUUGUUGAGGAGGAGGCACUGGUAGAAUGGCAGGAUGAAGCUGCAGCCCCAGAGGUUCCUCAGCAAACGGGCCGAGAACGCAUCAGUGGCCAACUCCAGCGCGCGGGGUAUGUGCAGGGCUGGGUGGAUGAACACGGCCCGGUGGUGGGAGGCUGCGCGCACGCACCAGAGGGGGCGCACGAGAGCAAGCCAGCUGCCCGGGCGCGCAACCACAUGAGGGAUGUAGUGGUCCUCGCCUUGGAUCGCAUAACCUUGCGGAACCACGUGUCGUCAGAUUUUGUCAGUCAAAAGAGGUGGGUGUCAGCGAAGCCAAUUGCCAUGUUGGCCGCCUCAGCAGAUGAACACCAACUGGGGCAUGUAUUGAGCAAGAAUAACAAUGAACUGAUUGUGGAAGACCCGACCGAUUUCGAUCUGUCGCCUGCCAUGUCUUUGCUGAUGCAUGACUUACACAAUGUGCUUGGCCGCCAUUUGCAGGUCUACCGAGUUGAUGAGUCAGGCUUGGAUUCGUUUGAAAAGACAAUUCUCCUGGUGGUCUCUUUCUUCAGCAUCCUGCAGACUUUGACGUCAGCAUGCGACAAAUUUCAUUGGUCAGAGUUUCCAACCUUUGUCACGUUUGUCAAGCACGGCUCAACCAUGAUGGCGCAGUAUGCUGGUGCUCUUUCCCUCCGUGACUGGACAUGGCUCCAUCACCUGGGUUUGGAAUCUAGCCAAAGUGAAGUGGACAAGGAAAAUGCUCAGUUGAAAAGCGAGAUGCAACGUGGCUUUGCAGCCAGCCAUCUCAGGCGCUUGGGAACAUCGCUGGCGACUCACCCAACUUCCGAGACCUUGUCCUGCAGAGUGGAGGAGUUGCACGAUAUCAAGAUCCAGCAAGUUCGCGAAGCCGAGGCGCAGGCCACGAACAACACUUGA